AUGGAGUCAGUUGCCGCGGAAGAAGCGGCGUCUAAGCCGCUCCACGCGGUGGUAUGCGGGGGAGGCGUUAUCGGCGCGUGCACUGCGUUUUACCUGGCGGAGAAGGGGGUCAAAGUAACGGUCGUCGAGAAGUGCCACGUGGCAUGCGCUGCUUCUGGAAAGGCGGGUGGGUUCCUUGCAUUGGAUUGGUGCUCCGGCCCUACUGGGAAGCUCGCACAGCUGAGCUAUCGUCUUCACGAGCAGCUAGCACAGCAGUUCGGUGACUGUUACGGUUACCGCAAGGUGCACACGCUCAGCCUCCAGGUCGCCGAGCCCAAAAAUUCGUCUGGCGGGCAGCGAACAAAGAACUCCACGCUGCCUGGAUGGAUAGACGGGCCAGUGCGGGGAGUCCAAACGAUGGGAUCGCCAGUCACAACUGCCCAGGUUCACCCACAACUGUUCACAGAGACUCUACUUAGAGUGGCUGGGGAGAGGCAUGGGGUGGAGGUACAACUGGGGGAGGUUCAAGAGGUUGCUGUGGCGCCAGUGGGGGAUGCUGCUGCUUCCUCUAAAGUCACUGGUGUGAUUGUAGAUGGUGCUACAGUGCCAGCUGAUAUUGUGCUGUUUGCACUGGGUCCUUGGUCCGGCAAGAAUCGUCUCAUAGCACGGCUGGGCCAGAUUACAGGGCUGAAGGCGAACAGUGUCGUGACCCAGAAAUUUACCCCCGGCCAUCGGGGGAAGUUUACCUCUGUUGUCACAGAAGGGGAUAAUUACCUUCCGGAUAAUCCUGAGGAAAUCACCACCACCCCAGGCGUCCCAGAGUUCUUAAAACGAGUUGGAGCCACAGUGUCGUCGGCACUAUCAGAUGUGACUAUAGUGAAGGAGCAGGCGUGUUUCCUGCCAUGCUCCCAGGAUAAUGUGCCUGUAAUAGGCGCUGUGCCAGGGAUGCAAGGGGCGUACAUAGCAACGGGGCACACCUGCUGGGGCAUUCUGAACGCCCCUGCUACAGGCCUGGCUGUAGCAGAGCUGGCUGUGGAUGGCAGGGCUAGCUGUGUGGACCUUAGACCCUUUGACCCUGCUAGCCUGGGCGGACCCCACUCUCCCACUGCUUCACUGCGCUCAGCCUCCCUGUCCGUUCUCCCUUUCAAAUGCCCCCCCGUGGCCUUCCUCUCCCUGUCCCGCUCCCCCUGGCUCCACUCCUCCCCCCCCUGCUCCGCCCAGGCGGGGGCCACAGCGGAGGACCUUCAUUUCUUCCAGCAGCUGGGAGAAGCGCUGCUGCGGGCGCAGACACGUUAUUGCCUCGUUGAACCGCCUCUGCCUGCGUGGGGGGAAGAGAGGGGAAGAGGGGGGGGAAAGGGGGGGAGAUGGGGGGAGAGGGGGAAGAGGGGGGGAGAGGGGAGGAGAGGGCGGGAGAGGGGGGGAGAGGUUGCAGCCCGCCCCUCUGAAUACCUGCACGGAUGGGCGCACGGGGAUGGGCGCACGGGGAUGGGCGCACGGGGAUGGGCGCACGGGGAUGGGCGCACGGGGAUGGGCGCACGGGGAUGGGCGCACGGGGAUGGGCGCACGGGGAUGGGCGCAUGGGGAUGGGCGCACGGGGAUGGGCGCACGGGGAUGGGCGCACGGGGAUGGGCGCACGGGGAUGGGCGCACGGGGAUGGGCGCAUGGGGAUGGGCGCACGGGGAUGGGCGCACGGGGAUGGGCGCAUGGGGAUGGGCGCAUGGGGAUGGGCGCAGAGGGAUGCGCGAGAAGGUUGGCGCGGCUCUUAUCGAAUGUGCUCUUAUCCGAUGUGCUCUUAUCGCCCCUCACUUAGUCGUCCGCCACCUGCGCCCGUAG